UAUGGUAGGGACAAGGGUCUAUGUCGGUGGGCUUCCAUACGGCACCAGGGAAAGAGACCUUGAGAGAUUUUUCAGAGGCUACGGUCGAUUCCGUGAUGUCCUCAUCAAGAACGGUUACGGUUUUGUUGUAAGUACUUGAAUCAAAUUUUAUACACAUACUUAACACUUUACUCUACUCAGUUUGGUCCUAUUAUUUAUCAAUUUUUAUUUAAAAAUUUAUAAAAAAAUUUUAUUUGUAAGUUGAAAAAUCAUAUAUAUUACAUUUAGCGCUUGAAAAUGCAUCCAUCUUCAUUUCCACUAACUAGGUUUACGAAUUAUCGUUGAUAUAAAGUUGUUGUGUGAGAUAUAUAUAUAUAUAUAUACACAUUAUGUUUAAGUUAAGUAUCGAUAUUUUACGUUCGUUAUUUUAUUUUUUAUUUUUAUAAUAACUUCAAACUACUUUAUUUAAAUAAAAUUUUGAUAUAAUAAUUUUCAAGUUUUAUUAUAUUUUGCUAUUUUAUUGCUGACCAAAAUGUGUAGAGGGUAAAGUGUUUUACUUAAAAAAUAACUUGAACUCGUGAGUUGAUCUGACCUACCUUGAGCCCUGAACACAUUGGUACUGUGGCUGCUUAAUGGAACUGUGUGCUGGUUUUCAUCGAUUAAUCUACAAAAUAUUUGAAUUUGACGACUAUAGGGAUGCAGAUGAUGCAGUCUACGAACUCAAUGGGAAGGAGCUUCUAGGAGAAAGAAUUACUGUAGAGAGGGCCCGGGGGACACCUAGGGGUAGUGACCAGUGGCGCUAUGGUGACUCCCGUGGUGGUUAUGGGGACUCGAGGCGAUCUGCCCGAGACGAUAUGCGGCACGACAGAGAUAGUGUGAACAGAAACACGAGGACUGCAUCUAGCUACAAGCAAUCAUUGCCCAGAUAUGGACCACCAACACGCACCGAAUACCGGCUCACCGUGGAAAAUCUAUCGAGUCGUGUCAGCUGGCAGGAUUUGAAGGAUUAUAUGAGACAGGCUGGUGAAGUGACAUAUGCAGAUGCACAUAAACAACGCAGGAACGAAGGAGUUGUAGAAUUUGCAACAUAUUCUGAUUUGAAGAACGCCAUCGAUAAAUUGGAUGACACAGAACUAAAUGGACGUAGAAUCAGACUUAUCGAGGAUAAGAGACGGGGACGUCGUUCAAGAUCCUCAAGUUCGAGAUCAAGAUCACGGUCACGAUCUCGAUCUCGUCGCCGAUCCCGCUCCCGCUCAAGGUAUUAUCGUCGUUCUCGAUCCCGAUCAAGGAGUCGCCGUAGUUCUCGCAGCCGUAGCCGUCGCAGUAGCCGUUCCAAAUCAAGAGCACAUACUAAAUCAAAAUCGAAAUCCAAAUCCAAAUCACCUGAACGUAGCCGAACUCGAUCUAAAUCCAAAUCAAGAGACCGCUCAAAGUCGAAAUCUAAGUCAAAGUCCAAAUCCAGAUCUCGUUCUAGGUCCAAGGCUGAGAGGUCAAAGUCCAGGUCACAGUCCAAAUCUAAAGCUAAGUCUCCUUCAAAAGAUAGAUCUAGCCGCGAAAGAUCGCGAGGUGACAUAUCGAGAUCUCGAUCAGGCAGUAAACAUAGCAAAAGCCGUAGCCGUUCUCGUUCACCAAUGAAUGGCGAUAAAUCUCCAGAAAGUAAUAAACAGAAAGUUGUUGAUUAAAGAAAAUGUGGAACAAGAAAAGAAGAGACUUUUAUCGUAAGAAAAAAAGAAUUAAAGAGGAAUUUUCCUCUUUUCGUUUCUUUUUUUCUACGACUAAAUAUAUUUAAGAAGCCAAUUUUUCAUGCCUUUCUUUUUAAGAAACGUCGAUUUUUUUGACAUUACUACUUGUAAUUAACAUGUACAUCGUAUGGAUAAGUGAAAUUCUUUAAAUCUUGUAAAAUGAGGGACAGCGAAACAAAAGAAGUGAAUGUAAUUAACAAUCGGCUUAAGUAUAAUUAAAUAAUUGUACAUGAUUUACUUAAUGGAACCAAUCUGUGUACAUUAGUUAUACGUAAUUUUGAUUGUACACUUGUCAUCUGAAAAAACACCAUUCGCAUUUAGAGAAAUAGGAUGUCUUCAUACGUACCUUAAAUGAAUUCUAUACAUUUUUUGAUGUAUCAUCUUAUAUCAAGGAAUUCUCUAUAAUGGCUUUUUGUAUAUAUUCCUAACAGUCACAUUACAAUAAGGAAAUUAUGUGAUGUGUAUUAAAUUUAGUGGUAAGCGGUAUCUUAUCAAUAAAAUUUCGCGCUAAGCCUA